AUGCUUAGAGCGGGGAACUACCGAUCUAACAUUAGAAGAUGUCCUCUAAUGAAUUGUUCGUAUCAUAAUUUUCGCCUCGACAAUUUGAAGAAGCACCUCAGAUCGAAUCGGCAUAAAAUUAACAAUGAGGACGUCGUAAAUAGAAUUUUGGAAAUGGUAAGAAGCAAUUCACUCCCCGAAGAAACCCUUCUACGUGUUCAAAAUGACAACAUUGUUCAAGUUACAGUGGGCUCACAGCUUGAAAGAACGGCAUCCACGAUUCCAACUGCGAUGCAAUCGGCCCAAGAGCAGAAUGCCGGUGGUUCAGAAGUUCUUCAGAGUUCAACAGCCACUCAGAACUCGCGUAAUCCAACUGCUGAUGAUGGUGAGUUGAUGUGUGACCAAAGACAAUCCAGUGAGCAACUGCCACCUAGACAACUAUCUCAAAGAGUGAGAGCACCGCCCGGAGACGAUAAUUCAUUGGCAGAAGCGGUUGCGUCUUUACACGCUGCUAUCCAGAAAAUCAAAAUUAAUGAAAGGGACAUGAAAACGCUACUUGAACAAACAAAAUCAGUUCUUGAAAGUAAAAUUUCUGAAAUAGAUCAGCGUUUGGAAAAGACUGAUACGAUUACCACUAACGUUGACAGCACUACACGAUCAUUGGUUCAGUUGCAAACAACGUAUUCCUGGCUUCAAGUAAAGUUGCAGGUGCCACCAAGUGUCCCGUUAGGCGCAUGUAGUUUGUGUCAGCGCCACUCCUUACAAAUACGCCAACAUCGUGGUUAUUCUAGCAUGCAAAAUUGGCUCAAUUGUUCUGUUGUACUUGAUAGCGAUCAUCGCGCACAAAAAGUUAAGCUACACGAACAGUCCGAAUGCCAUAAGAUCUGUAAGUCAGAGGAACAACAAAGGAAAAAGAAUGCAAUUCUUUUCACCUCCCAAAUUAAAUUUUAA